AUGGAAGGAAAAGACUCAAAAGCAGUUGUUUUCGGCCAUGCCUUGAAAAAGGAGUUUUUUGUUGACGAUAAUGUUGUUUGCGCCAACACUGGAUCCUUUGGUACCGUUUGUCGCCAAGCAUUCGCUGCUACGGAGGAAGCCGUGAAAGUUUCUCAGAAAAAUACGGACCUUGGAUUUUUAUAUGAGCUUCCACGGAGAAUGAGGCGUCUUCGUUCAAGAGUUGCUGAGUUUGUGGGUGCCAAGGAGAGUGACAUUGCAUUUGUUGGCACAGCGACUCAUGCUGUAAGUACAAUUCUCUUGACACAUCCAUGGAAGCAAGGGGAUCGUCUGCUUAUGCUUAGUUUGGCUUAUCCUACUUGUUCGUUUGCUGCAGACUACGUUCGCGAUCGUUAUGGAGUUGAAAUUGAACUUAUUGAUGUUGAUGUCGAUUUUGAUGGAGAGGAAUUCUUAAAGACGGUUCGCGAGAGAUUCGAGGCCUUCCGCCCAAAAAUGUUUUUGUUCGAUCUCAUCAGCUCUAUGCCGGUAGUACUGACGCCAUGGGAAAAGGUCGUCGAACUUUGUCGCGAGUACAAUGUCCUCAGUGUUGUUGAUGGCGCUCAUAGUGUUGGAUUGCUGGACUUAAACUUGGACAAGGUUCAACCGGAUUUCUUCUUUACGAAUACUCAUAAAUGGUUGUUUGCUCCCUCUGGUACGACGAUUUUGUACGUUUCUGAGAAAAACCAUUCACUUAUCGAUCCCUUACCGCUUUCUUACGGCUAUGGCUAUCGAAAAGAAGAUGCAAAGCCCGCUGCACCAUUUGCAGAACGCUUUAGAUUUUCCACCUAUAUGGACUCUGCCAAAUAUUUAGGUAUUGAGGGUGCUUUGGAUUUCCGUGCUACACUUGGUGAGGAAGCCAUUCGUCGCUAUACGAACGAAAUCGCAAACAAGGGUGCAAAAAUUGUUGCGGAUGCACUGGGUGUUCCUUUCACACCGGCGCCGUUUCCUUUGUCAAUGGUGAAUGUGGAGUUGCCCAUUAAGGAAGUUCCUGCCUUGGCGACUGAAGAAUUUUGGAAAAAGCACAACACUUUUGUCCGGACUUGUGAGUAUAAGGGGAAGUGGUACACUCGUAUCUGUGGUUGUAUUUUUAUGGAGGAGUCGGAUUAUGAGAGGGUUGCUGUCGCUCUUAAGGAGUUGUGCGGUGUCAAUUAG